UCAGAUAAGAACGCUGCUCUGCGGCUCCUUCAACCGAGCCGGUGACCUUCAGGUUAGAGACAGAAACCUGUUUUCUGAAUCAGAUUCCGGUCAGCUUUGUCUGAACGAACAUUUCUGCUAUUCAGACUUAGAUUGCAGGGGAGACUAAAAAAAAGAAAGGACGCCUAGUGCUUCUUUUCCAGGAAGCAGAAUGGGAUGAAACUGUAUGUACAGUUGCCAAGGAGACAGCAGGCAGAGGAGUAGUUACAGGCUGUUAACCCACACGCCCUGUGUUUUCAUUCACACUGCUUCUCUGCUUCGUCCUCAGGAAUCACUUCAGGAGACGCUGCCAAAGACGCAACACAGUGGAAAAGCAGCUCACAGGAAGCAUCGCUGAGGGACACUGCAGCUUUAAAAGGACAUAAUUGAGUGUCAAUGAUCACCACAUCAGCUGCAGAGUAACUAAUGCAGGCAAUCAUCGAGCUCGCCCCCCUACUACAGAAAUCAGAAAUCUGGGAGAGGAAAACAGCCUCCCAUCAGCAGCCUCAGCUGUGCGUCCGUCACGCUCCCACGCUCACUUCAAUUCUCAUUUCUCCUCUGGUUGCAGCUCGCUGGAGCCUGUGCUGAGGAAUUAUCUGCUGUCAGGACCUGUCCGGGACGCCGCCGCGCCAACAGGGACUGGAGGCUGGACGGGGGUGCCGAGCCAUGCUGUCCGCCGCCAUUCAGAUCUUGGCGUUCGCCCUGGCACUCCUGGGUGUCCUCGGCGCCACCGUGGCCACUUUGCUGCCCAACUGGAAGGUGAGUGUCAACGUCUGGUCCAGCGUCAUGACCCCCAUCUCGCAGAUGCAGGGUCUGUGGAUGGACUGUGUCUGGUACAGCUCCGGCGUCUUCAGCUGCACCAUGAAGAACUCGGUUUUGUCACUACCGGCGCAUCUGCAGGCCAUGCGGGCCGCCAUGGUUCUGUCCUGCAUGGUGGCAUCCUUUGGACUCUGCCUCGCCUCCCUGGGGCUCAAAUGUACCCGCUGGGGGGGCAGCCACCGAGCGAAGGGGCACACGGCCAUCGCUGCAGGGGGCUGCUUCAUCCUGGCCAGCCUCCUCUGCCUGGUCCCCGCAUCCUGGUUCACCAACGAAGUCAUCACCGCCUUCCUGACCACGGACCUGCCGGACAGCAGUAAAUACCAGCCUGGUGGAGCUCUGUGUGUGACGUUCAUCUCUGCAGGCUUCCUCCUGGCUGGAGGAGUCAUUUUUUGCCUUUCAUGUCCCGGAAAAAGAUCGAGACGGCCAGACUAUGCUUCCCCCACCGACCCUGACAGACUUGUGCCGUACCGAGACGAGCAGCGGAGGCGGGAGCAGCAAGCCGAGCCGCCGAAAACCAGGCAACACAAAUGCGUCCAACUGCAGAUGGACGAGGCGAAGCGGGAGAAAGGUAAAGUGGAUCAGGAGCAGAAGCUCUACUCGUCUCCCUCCAAACUCCCCCAAAAAGACAUCAAGGACAGCUACAGCCUCCAGGAGUAUGUUUAACCCUCAUGGCUGAGUGGUGAAAUGUGGAGCUGAGGCUCUCUGGCUCAUGUGGAGGGGGAGGUGGUCUGGGGGAGGUGUGUAAGAGAGGGAAUAAUUACCAAAUGUUGGAAAUGACAGAUUGGGAAUUCAGAAGCAGAGAACAAGGACUCUGUGAGGGGAAAUAAACUGCAGAGGCACCAGUAAAUCUUUUUUAAAAACUGCUGCAGCAUAUACCAAAGGUCUGAAAGCAAAAAAAACACUGAACCUGCUGAUAAAAAAAAAAAAGACACAUAUCUGAGCUCUGACUGAGAUCGAAAAGCCAUCAUUUUCCUGCUGUGGAUGAUGUCUACCUUACGACAGGGCCGGACCAAAGCCUUCUGUGGCCCUGAGCCGAAUCUGAACUAGCUCCAACUCGACAGCUUUACAAUUAAAUUACAGUUCUGUUCAAAGAGAAAUGUUGUUUAGGUGCUGUUUAUGUGAUGUGCACAUUUUAAAAAAUACAAAACAAACAGAGUAUAUUGUUUAAGAUGCAAUCUCCGGUUUUGCUGUGUUCUCAAUCAGUCAAAAUGUGUUUAUAUAACGUUUUUCACAGAAUUCAAAUGCAGUUCAAAGUGCCUGACAAAACAGAUUUUAAAAUAAUAAUAAUAAUUUAUGGACUAAUGCACUCUAAAACAAUUGAAUAAAAUUAGAUAUUUGGUGGAAAGUGAAGAUAAUAAAAAAAUAUUAUGAAUCAUAGUAAUAAACACACUUGUGAAUUGUUACACUGAAGAAAUCAAUUAUACUAAAACAUGAAAAUUAAAAUAAAGCACAAUUCAAAAAUAAGGAUUGAAAUAGAAUCCAGAAACACCACAUGCAGCUGAGUUUAACAGAGAUGUUAUUAGUUUGGCAGGUAUUUGUACUUUAUGUUCAUCAUCUAAAGUCAUGGAAACCUCUAAAGUUUGACCUACCAGAUAGAAAAUAAGUCAGAAAUCACUAAAGUCAGGAGGCUUCGUUCUCUGGAGACCGUGCACCUAAUAUCACGAUAGUUGAUCCCGUGGUUGUACCAAUAUCACCAUCUUAAGAGAAAAUCAUUUGAAGGGCCCUACCUUUGCUUUAAAAAAUAAAAACCAUACAAGGACUCUACAAUUAUAUUUUGAGGGAAGCUGUUGUAAUUCGAAAUGACUGCAGAAAAUGCUAAGUUUAUUUUAUUAUUAUUGUUAGUCACAUUAAUGGGUUUCUAACAUUACUCAUCAAAUAUUUUACAAAGGGCUAAUUCUUAUGACAGUGCACCCGAAACCUAUGACGGGCGCAAAUUCUGUAAACAGAAUGUGAGCAUGCUCAGCGCUAAAAGUAUCAAAUAUAGUGUAUAGAAAUGAUGCUGUGAACACAAAAUUACAAAACAGACAUUGACUUUAAAAGAUGCUGUGUAACAUUUAUAAUACAUGUUGUGUUUUCCAUUUAAUUUUCUCAAAAGUUUAAGGAAUAAUUUCCAAAUAGUUUCCUGCUUUUUAACUAUAAAUUAAAAGAGAAAGUUGCCAUAGACCUUUUUCAGUAAAUAUUAAUUUACUUUCCUGCAUAUUUCCUGUAGUUUAGGUGCAGUGGAAAUUCCUUAGUUUCAAACUGAUAAACUGCUGAUGAACAUAUCAAGCGCACUCAAGAAUGUAAGACUUCAGCUGCUCAACAGCUGUGAAUGCUAACAGAACAAAUACAGAGGCUUAGUGUGGCUCAUUGGCUUGAGAUGAAACUAAUUCUUAUUUCACCAUCUUUUCAUUUUCUUAAAAACUCAACUACAAUGAGCAGGUAUAACUGUAAAACUUUCUUCUUCUCUUUCUUCUACCUAAUAAUUAGGACCAAACCUUGUAGAACUUUACAGCUAAUUUUUAGUAACUUAAAAUGAAAUUUGCUGGCAAAUACGAGACCCUUAAAAUAAAUUACCGCAGAUUUUUGAUACAGAGAGAACACAAUGACAAAACCGCAGAAUGUAUCUUAAAUUAUGCCUGAUUGUGACUCCUAGGUUGGGCCCCCUGCUGGCCGGAGGUCCUUCAUCACGUCUGCUUUAGGCCGAUUUCUGUGCAUGUUGUCAGUGCUUUACAUGCUGCUUGCGGCUUAACUGUAGUGAAAGCUGCUAUUGUUGAGACUGCGCCUGAAGCAAUAAAGACAUUGUCGAGCUUCAUAAAUUCUGUGAGGUCGCCGAUUUCAACAAAUCCAGAUCCAAAAGCGUCAAAAGAACGACAUCCACGCCGUCUUUUCCCAGCGGUUCCGGAGGGGGAGGCGGGAGGUGCGGAGCAGCAUGGAGAGAGGUAAUGAUGCUCUUUGCUUUCCCAUUAUCCUCUCACCACGGUUGGAUGCACACACCUCCUCCACCACCCUGGUUCAGCUGUAUGAAAAGGACACGCCGUCAUUUUCAAGGAUGUAACUUAGAGUCUAUUGGAGUCUCCACAGCAUCGUGUACGUCUGGUGGGCCAAGUGUCCUUUAACCUGACUGAGCUGUCAAUCACACCAGCCACCCAGGAGAAGAGAAGGCUGAACUGAACGCCCACACUGCCUCGCUCUACGGAAAAGCUUCAAACCUGCAAAAAAAAAAAAAAAAAGGAGGCAGACGAGAAAACAGAGUCGAUUCGUCAGCGCUGCCAAACCUGACAGCGAUUCAUUGGAGUAGAAAACGGGACACAUUGAAGCAAACAUGGAACUCGGGCAGCUAAUAAACAAAUGUGUAAAAUAAAAGCCUGCUAUGAGGUCAAAAAAAGGCACUAAUGCAAAAAUGUAUGUGCUCCUGCUGUCACUUCUACUUCAUCUGAAAACAUAUUUGCUUUGAUAUAUGAACAGUUUGGACUGAGGUUUGAAACACACUGAGGUCCUUCUGUCAGAGGUGCAGCUGCUUCAUGUAAUAUUUAAUUUACUGCAGGUUUGAAUCUGUUUUACGAAAGUGACACAAAAAUAUCCUGUGAUUUACAUUUAGAUUUUUAUUUAUCUAUUCACCUUUCUGUCUCUGUAUGGCUGCCUGCGUCUGAAUAAAAUGACAACAAAUAGUGUUGGGUAGAAGUGGGUGAAAAAGGUUCUGUGCCUUUACAUUGAUCUGUUUGAAAAUGUGGGAAACCACAUUAAAUGUCUGUUAGUAGUGAU